AAGUGAGAUACAAAGUAACCAAGAAGUCUUUUUGUGAGGGAGGUCUGAUUCCCUGCCUACCCCAGGACGGAUAUUUUUACCUUGUCCCUGGGUGCAGCAGAAUUUGAUUUGAGGAGAUACACAUGGAUCCUUGAAAGAAACAAUUUCCUUAAGGAGGGGAAAGAAACAUCCCAACCGGUUUAUUUUGGCUGCCGCUCUUUCUCCUUUGAUGGAAAUCGUUGUGACACUUGAACCUUGCAUUUCAUAAGGAAUCUAGGAAUUAGCUAAGUGCCUUUGAUAGGGAGUGCAGGGUCUUUCAUGAGACGAGCUGGCAUGGCUGCUGUAAUCUUUGGCUUUGAGGAUCUGCUGUACAGUUGGGACAGUCUGGUGUGGAACUUGACUUCACGAGCUCUGAGGACUUGCCGGUUUGGAAAUCUGCGGAUCCUGCAGCUGAUGCUGAAGCCAUGGUGCAUUUCCAGAGCUGUUUACCAGAUGACGGAGGGCCGCCGAUGUCAAGUGCACCUCCUUGAUGACAGGAAGCUAGAGCUUCUCGUGCAGCCAAAGCUUUUGGCCAAGGAGCUGCUCGACCUGGUGGCAUCUCAUUUCAACCUGAAGGAGAAAGAAUACUUCGGAAUUGCCUUCACAGAUGAAACGGGACAUUUAAACUGGCUUCAGCUAGACCGUAGAGUGCUAGAACAUGACUUCCCCAAAAAGUCAGGACCAGUUGUUCUGUACUUCUGUGUCAGGUUCUACAUUGAGAGCAUAUCGUAUUUAAAGGAUAAUGCCACCAUCGAGUUGUUUUUCUUGAAUGCAAAGUCUUGCAUUUACAAGGAGCUCAUUGAGGUUGACAGUGAGGUGGUGUUUGAAUUGGCUGCGUACAUCUUGCAGGAAGCGAAAGGAGAUUUUGUAAGCAAUGAAAUUGUAAAAACCGACUUGAAGAAGCUUCCAGCCCUUCCAACGCAAGCCCUGAAGGAGCAUCCAUCCCUUGCUUACUGCGAGGACAGAGUCAUCGAGCAUUACAAGAAACUGAAUGGUCAGACAAGAGGCCAAGCGAUUGUAAAUUACAUGAGUAUUGUAGAAUCCCUCCCAACCUACGGAGUCCAUUAUUAUGCAGUAAAGGACAAGCAGGGAAUUCCUUGGUGGUUAGGACUUAGCUACAAGGGCAUUUUUCAGUACGACUACCAUGACAAGGUGAAACCAAGAAAGGUAAGUCACUGGCAGCAGAUCAGGAAUUUCUAUUACAGGGAGCCAGAGUUCACAAUGUGUGUCAGAGAUCCUCAGCUGGCGUCUGUGACCAGGAGGACGUUUGGACACAGUGGCAUUGCUGUGCACACAUGGUACGCCUGUCCUGCACUGAUCAAGUCCAUUUGGGCUAUGGCCAUUAGCCAACACCAGUUCUACUUGGACAGAAAGCAGAGUAAGUCCAAGAUUCAUGCUGCGAGAAGCCUGAGUGAAAUUGCUAUUGACCUGACUGAAACUGGAACGCUGAAGACUUCAAAACUAGCCAACAUGGGAAGCAAAGGCAAAAUUAUCAGCGGCAGCAGUGGCAGUCUUUUGUCCUCAGGUUCCCAAGAGUCAGAUAGCUCUCAGUCUGCCAAGAAAGACAUGCUGGCUGCAUUGAAAUCCAGGCAGGAAGCUCUGGAAGAGACCCUGCGCCAGCGACUGGAGGAGCUAAAGAAACUGUGUCUCCGAGAAGCGGAGCUCACGGGAAAGCUGCCAAGGGAAUACCCCCUAGAUCCAGGGGAGGAGCCACCAAUGGUAAGGCGAAGAAUAGGGACUGCCUUUAAACUGGAUGAACAGAAAAUACUGCCAAAAGGAGAGGAAGCCGAGCUGGAGCGCCUGGAGAGGGAAUUUGCAAUUCAGUCGCAGAUCACUGAGGCUGCUCGGCGCCUGGCCAGUGACCCCAACGUCAGCAAAAAGCUGAAGAAACAAAGGAAAACCUCCUAUCUCAAUGCCCUAAAGAAACUGCAGGAGAUUGAAAACGCCAUCAACGAGUACCGCAUCAAAUCUGGAAAGAAGCCAACUCAGAGAGCCUCCCUGAUCAUAGACGAAGGAAACAUCGCCAGUGAGGAUAGCUCCCUCUCAGAUGCCCUUGUUCUUGAGGACGAGGAUUCUCAGGUUACCAGCACAAUAUCCCCCUUACAGUCACCUCACAAAGGACUCCCGCCCCGGCCGCCCCUGCAUAACAGACCCCCGCCUCCACAGUCCUUGGAAGGACUAAGACAAAUGCACUACCACCGGAAUGACUAUGACAAGUCCCCUAUCAAGCCCAAGAUGUGGAGCGAGUCAUCCCUGGACGAACCCUACGAAAAGGUCAAGAAACGAUCCUCACACAGUCACUCCAGCAGUCACAAGCGGUUCCCCAGCACAGGAAGCUGUGCAGAGGCUGGAGGGAGCAACUCCCUGCAAAAUAGCCCCAUCAGGAGCCUCCCGCAUUGGAACUCCCAGUCCACCAUGCCAUCUACACCAGAUCUACGGGUACGCAGUCCGCAUUAUGUCCAUUCCACUAGGUCAGUAGACAUCAGCCCGACCAGACUCCACAGUUUAGCUCAGCACUUUAGACACAGGAGCUCCAGCUUAGAGUCCCAAGGCAAGCUCCUUGGGUCAGAGAAUGAGACGGGGAGCCCCGAUUUCUACACCCCAAGGACUCGUAGCAGUAAUGGCUCUGACCCCAUGGAUGACUGCUCUUCCUGCACCAGCCACUCCAGCUCUGAGCACUACUACCCCGCUCAGAUGAACCCCAACUACUCCACCCUGGCCGAGGAUUCCCCCUCGAAAGCCAGAGAGCGGCAGAGGCAAAGGCACAAAUCUGCGGGAAACCUGGUCUCCUCUAAUUCAGGGAGCAUGCCCAACCUGGCCGCACGGAACGGAACGGGGCAUCACGGCGUCUAUCUGCACAGCCAGAGCCAGCCUUCCUCUCAGUACAGGAUCAAAGAGUACCCCCUGUACAUCGAAGGCAGCUCCACGCCCGUAGUGGUACGCAGCCUGGAGAACGACCAGGAGGGACACUACAGUGUGAAAGCACAAUUCAAAACCUCCAACUCCUACACGGCAGGGGGAAUGUUUAAAGAGAACUGGCACGGGGACGAAGUAGACUCUGUAAGACUGACCCCUUCCCGUUCUCAGAUCAUAAGGACUCCAUCUCUGGGCAGAGAGGGCCAUGAGAAGGGCUCGGGCAGGACUGCCGUAUCAGACGAACUCCGGCUGUGGUACCAGCGGUCCACAGCCUCCCACAAGGAGCACAGCCGCCUGUCGCACACGAGCUCCACCUCCUCGGACAGCAGCUCCCAGUACAGCACAUCUUCUCAGAGCACCUUUGUGGCGCACAGCAGGGUAACGAGGAUGCCUCAAAUGUGUAAAGCAACAUCAGCUGCCUUACCUCACAGCCAGAGGAGUUCAACACCAUCGAGUGAGCUAGCAGCUACACCACCAAGCAGUCCCCACCACAUCGUAGCAUGGCAGACCGGAGAAGCAACAGACAACUCACCCACUAUGGAUGAGUCUCCAACUCACCAAAGUACUGAUGAAUAGAGGAGCUACAAUGAUAGCUGUUUCCUGGAUUCUCCCCUCUAUCCAGAACUAGCAGAUGUCCAGUGGUAUGGACAGGAAAAAGCCAAGCCUGGGACUCUAGUGUGAACCCCUGACCUCAAUCUGAU